CUGUAUGGACUGUUCUCUUCUCCUCCUCCCUCUCUCACUUUUUCCCCUCAUCCUCUUACGUUAUAUUCACUUUUAUUCUUAAUGUUUUAUUCUCAUGGUUUGUAAAAGGCGAGACUGUGUUUAAUUUUCUAACUUGUAACAUCUGCCUUGACAGCCUGCGCUCCAGUUCAGACAGUGUUGGUCACAGGGUGAGCUCUCGCGAGCAUGCACGAUCGCAGCGCGAGAGAACCCGGAAGCGGCGUCGGGUCACGUGUGCCGGUAUAAAUCCGGAACCGCCAAGCUACACAGAGAGAUGAAGACAGCGCGCUGCAGGUGGAAUAGAGACAGAGAGAUUGUUGUUUGCCGUGAAUUACUUUCCCUUGGACUCACUACAAUACCCAUCUCAUUCCGUUUUCUCGUGCUCCCGGAUUUACCAUCAUAUACCGUUAAAUGUUCCUGAGUCCAGGAGGAACUGAGAGGGAAGUGGAAAACCAGGAGGAUCUGUACAGUGUCAGAGAGGCACUGAAGAAAACACUGCGCAUCCUGAAGAACAUAAAAAACACAGAUCUCACUAACACAAUGGAGCACUAUCUCACCCCUGUGUAUCAGCAACAGCUGAAAUCCAGCAUGAGAGAGAAGUUUAAAAGAGUUAAAGAAGGAAUCUCACAACAUGGAAGCUCAGUUCUUGUGAGUGAGAUCUACACAGAACUCUACAUCACAGACAGUUGGAGUGGAGACGUCUGUAAUGAACAUGAAGUGAGACAGAUUGAGACAGCGUCCAGGAGAGCAGCAACACAGGAGAAGCCCAUCAAAUGUAAUGAUCUCUUUAAAGACAAGUCCAUCAGACGUGUGCUGACUAAAGGAGUUGCUGGAAUUGGAAAAACAGUCUCUGUGCAGAAGUUCAUUCUCGACUGGGUUGAAGGAAAAGAUAAUCAGGACGUCACCUUCAUGUUUCCACUUCCCUUUAGAGAGCUGAAUCUGAUGAAGAGGAAACAUCUCAGUCUGAUUAAACUUCUUCAUCACUUUUUUCCAGAAAUUAAAGAAUUAAUGUUAUUGGACUGUGACUCCUACAAAAUCCUGUUCAUCUUUGAUGGUCUAGAUGAGUGUCCACUUCCUCUAAAUUUCCAGAACAAUGAGAGAUUGUCUGAUGUGACAGAGUCAGCCUCAGUGGAUGUACUGCUGACAAACCUCAUCAAGGGGAACCUGCUUCCCUCUGCUCUCCUCUGGAUUACCUCUCGACCGGGAGCAACCAAUCAGAUCCCUCCUGAGUGUGUAGACCAGGUAACAGAGGUACGAGGAUUCAGUGAUCCUCAGAAAGAGGAGUACUUCAGGAAAAGGAUCAGUGAUCAGAGCCUGGCCAAAAAAAUCAUCUCACACAUCAAGUCCUCAAGAAGUCUCUACAUCAUGUGCCACAUCCCAGUCUUCUGCUGGAUCUCAGCCACUGUUCUAGAGAGAAUGUUCAGUGAAGAAGAGAGUGGAGAGAUCCCCAAGACUCUGACUCAAAUGUUCACACAUUUCCUGAUCUUACAGAUUGAACAGAAGGACCAAAAGUACCAUCAGAAAUGUGACCCUGAUCCUCAGAAGACCAGAAAGUGUAUCCUGGCACUGGGAAAACUGGCUUUCCAACAGCUGAAGAAAGGAAACCUGAUCUUUUAUGAGGAAGAACUGAGAGAUUGUGGCAUUGAUGUCAGAGAAGCUUCAGUGUACUCAGGAGUGUGUACUCAAAUCUUCAGAGAGGAGUUUGGGCUUCACCUCGGGAAGGAAUACAGCUUUGUACAUCUGACUAUUCAGGAGUUUCUGGCUGCUUUAUACACAUUAAUCUGCUUUAUUAUUGAUAAGAGAAAUGUGUUAGUGAAGCAAAACACAGGAUGUUUUAAUUCCUUCAGAAAUCCGAACCUGUCUGAUUUCUUCAGGAGUGCAGUGGACAAGGCCUUACAGAGUGAGAAUGGACAACUGGACCUGUUCCUCCGCUUUCUUCUGGGUCUCUCAGUGGAGUCUAAUCAGACUCUCUUACGAGGCUUAAUGCCACCGACAGAAAGCAGCUCUCACAGCAAACAGGAAACAGUCAAGUACAUCAAGGAAAAGAUCAGGGAGAAUCUAUCUCCAGAGAAAUCCAUCAAUCUGUUCCACUGUCUGAAUGAACUGAAUGAUCAGUCUCUAGUGCAGGAAGUACAAAAGUACCUGAAGAACAAAAGUCACCAUCCUCCUGAUGGAACAAGACUGUCCACUGCUCAGUGGUCAGCUCUGGCGUUUGUGAUACUGAACUCAGAACAGGAGCUGGAUGAAUUUAAAUUGAUAAAAUAUGAACAAUCUGAGAAAUGUUUUCUUAGGCUGCUGCCAGUGAUCAAAGCCUCCAGAAAAGCUAAUCUGAAUUACUGUAACCUGAGGAAGGAGAGCUGUAGAGUUCUGUCCCCAGUUCUCAGCUCAACCUCCUCCAGUCUGAGAGAACUGAACCUGAGUGGCAAUAACCUGCAGGAUUCAGGAGUAAAGCUGCUCUGUGCUGGACUGGAGAAUCCACACUGUACACUGGAGAUACUGGGUCUCUCUGGUUGUGAAAUGACAGGAAAAGGCUGUAGAGCUCUGUCCUCAGUCCUGAGCUCAAACUCCUCCAGGCUGAGAGAACUGAACCUGAGUACAAAUAACCUGCAGGAUUCAGGAGUGAAGCUGCUCUCUGCUGGACUGGAGAAUCCACACUGUACACUGGAGAAACUGGGGCUGAGAAUGUGUUAUUUGAGAAAAGAUAGCUGUAGAGUUCUCUCCUCAGUACUUGGCUCGAAGUCCUCCAGACUGAGAGAACUGGACCUGAGUUACAAUAAACUCCUGGAUUCAGGAGUAAAACUGCUCUCUGCUGGACUGGAGAAUCCACACUGUACACUGGAGACACUGAGUCUGUCCAGGUGUAAACUGACAGAGGAAAGCUGUAGAGGUCUCUCUUCAGUCCUGAGCUCAAACUCCUCCAGACUGAGAGAACUGAACCUGAGUUACAAUAAACUGCAAGAUUCAGGAGUGAAGCUGCUCUCUGCUGGACUGGAGAAUCCACACUGUACACUGGAGACACUGAGUCUGUCGGAGUGUAAUCUGACAGAGGAAAGCUGUAGAGGUCUCUCCUCAGUCCUGAGCUCAAACUCCUCCAGUCUGAGAGAACUGGACCUGAGUUUCAAUAACCUGCAGGAUUCAGGAGUGAAGCUGCUCUCUGCUGGACUGGAGAAUCCACACUGUACACUGGAGAAACUGAGGCUGCGUUGGUGUAACCUGACAGAUGAGAGCUGUAGAUCUCUGUCCUCAGUCCUCAGCUCAAACUCCUCCAGACUGAGAGAACUGGACCUGAGUGUCAAUAACCUGCAGGAUUCAGGAGUGAAGCUGCUCUCUGCUGGACUGGAGAAUCCACACUGUACACUGGAGACACUGAGGUUGUCUUGCUGCAGUAUCACAGAUAAAGGUUGUGCUGCUUUGGCUUCAGCUCUGAGUUUAAACUCCUCAUCACACCUGAGAGAGCUGGAUCUGUUUAGUAAUAUUCCAGGAGAGUCAGGAGUGAAGCUGCUCUCUGAUCUACAGAAGGAUCCACACUGUACACUGGAGACACUACUCAUCAAUAUGCCGUGUUCACCAUGUAGAUGUCCUUGGAUAUUGUGGUGAUGUACGAUGGCUGAUCUAGCACUCUGCCCCAGGCUCCUAACAUAGCUGGGAUAUGCAAAGAAAAGAAUUUCACUGUGCAGAAAUGUGGAUGUGACAAAUAAAUGAUUUAAUUUAAUGUCCUAUGUAUGUUCCCAUAAAGCCGUUUUUGAAGCGCGCGCACGUGUGUGUGUGUGUGUGUGUGUGAAAAUUGUGCAUGCAUUUUUUUUUACCUGCUUUAUAGAACAAACUAAUGUAAAGCUGUAAGUUAACACUUGAGGUGACGGCAUGAUAUUGAUUGGAAAGAAAUGUUAUGACAAGAAACACCGUAAAACCUCACAAACACCAAAGGCUUCCAGUAAUUAUUAGAGACAUAAAUGGGUUUAAUUGUGUGCAGCUCGUCUUCAUGAAGCUCUCUGUGCAGUCACAGUAACACACGGCUCCUAUAAUCGAGAGUCUGUGCUGCUUCCAGUGUUGUGUUUCAACUCAUUUCUGCACCAUGUGUAUAGAAAGUGAUGUCAUGGGGAGACACUAUGGUCAAUUAAUUACCAUAAUAAUAUUAAAUAAUAUUAAACCCAUUUAAAACUCAUGUCAGUGACAGGCCGAACUCUUCUCUGGAUCUGUUUAAUAAAUGAUUAUUCUGUACAUGUGUAUCUUGCUAUUUUUAUGUCCUUCAGACAUUUCAGACAAAUUAAAUAAAGAAACAAAUAAAAAUGUA